UAGAGCGAACGAUGAUAACCGAGAGUGGGCGAACAUAACCGAAAGGAGCCGAACGUCUCAAUGAUCUUCGCGUAACUAUUUAAGGAGUCGGGAGCAAGGCGCGCUCAUUCCUAGAACAAACGUCGAAGGGUAUACUUUUUGAUUCAUUUUUAUUUUGCUUUCCAUUCAUCGUUGCUCGCGAUUCAAAAAUUCAAGUUUUGUAACACGUGUGAUCUCUAUAAUACCAAGUAGCAUAUUUUUUCGAGUGGGUCAGUGAAAGAGAAAGAAAGAAAGAAAGAAAGAAAGAAAGAGAAGAAGAAGAUAGAAAAAAGAUAGAAAGAGAUAGAAAUAUCAGGAAGCAAGAAGAAAGAGAGAGAAAGAGAGAGAGAGAGAGAGAGAAAAAGAGAAGAUUACAAAAAGUUUUGUGUACACGGGAAAAAAUAUGGCUGAUAGUGGAAUUAAACGCAACAUUCCCAUCAAGUUGGGUGACUUUAGCGUUAUUGACACCGAAUUUUCCAACAUAAGGGAACGUUUUGACGCCGAAAUGAGGAAGAUGGAGGACGAGAUGUCGCGAUUCCGCAGCGAGCUCAUGAAUCGCGAAAGCAAUUUCUUUAAGAGUACCACCAGUCGGCAUCACACGAGCAGCAGCGAACACAAAACUUCGACGACCUCGAAGAGUGAUGGUUGGGACAAGGCCGAGCCUACGGCAUCAUCGGCACGAUCGACGUUCGAUAACUUUAAAAGCUCGACGACACAACAGAGCAGCCAGAACAGCUCGCUGAGUCCUCAACAUGAUUCGACUUGGUUGGAUGGCCUUAACAGUCCUCUCAUACAGGACGAGGGUGACAGUAAAAUGUUAAAACUACGAUUCGACGUGUCUCAAUAUACGCCCGAAGAAAUCGUCGUCAAGACUGUGGACAACAAAUUAUUGGUUCACGCCAAGCACGAGGAAAAAACGGAAAGCAAAUCCGUUUACAGGGAAUACAAUCGUGAAUUUUUGCUACCCAAAGGAACGAAUCCAGAAAGCAUCAAGUCAUCUUUGAGCAAGGAUGGUGUUUUAACCGUUGAAGCUCCUCUACCGGCUAUUGGUUCUGGCGAAAAAUUAAUCCCCAUCGCGCAUCAAUAAAAAAUUACAAAAAAUUUUUCCAUCCACCGACCGACCCUCCUUUCUCUCUUGUCCCAAAUUCAUACAACCUUCUAUUAUCCCAAAAAAAGAGCUUUUUUUUUUGAAAAGCUUGUCUUCUUCCAUACCGAAUAACAGAAAGAAACGUUGCGAAAAACAAACCAAAACAAAAAUAAAAAAAAACUCGCCAACUUUCUACCCCUAAAAAUAUUAUCCCAAUACGACUCAAAAUCAUCUGAUACUUUUUAACACUAUUUUUUUUUCGACUUUAAUGAUCAA